AGUACCUAGCUAACAAACAUCAGGUGUGCCAUCUCCAUGCAUUCGCUUUCAGUUACACCUCUUUUUACCUUUAUCUAAUGCACCAAUUCAUUAUUGUCAUUGCCUCAACAGGAAACUCUGCAAUCCUAUAGAGAAUUUCGGGCAAUGGAAUUUAGAUCAUCGGCCAACCCAGUAUGUGAAAUUUGCUUCGAAACAAAGUUCCAUCGCCGACAGUUACCAACUCACCCAUUUGCAGGAGUGAAGUUCGUGUUAUGCUUUGUUGUCCUGUUCAUGAUCUUUUCUAAUGGAGAGGCAUACGAUCCAUUGGAUCCAUUCGGAAACAUCACGAUUAAAUGGGAUGUUAUGUCUUGGACUCCAGAUGGUUAUGUGGCCUCAGUGACGAUGAACAAUUUUCAAAUGUUUCGACACAUAAUUAGCCCUGGGUGGACCUUAGGAUGGUCAUGGCCGAAAAAGGAAGUGAUUUGGUCCAUGGUUGGAGCACAAGCCACAGAACAAGGAGAUUGUUCAAAGUUCAAAGGAAAUGUACCUCACUGUUGUUUGAGAAGUCCCACCAUUGUUGACUUGCUCCCUGGGGUGCCUUACAACCAGCAGUUCUCAAACUGCUGCAAAGGCGGCGUAGUGGCAUCGUGGGGACAAGACCCUGCAGCAGCCGUCUCUGCCUUCCAGGUGAGUGUUGGAGUGGCUGGAAAUUCGAACAAGACCGUGCAACUGCCCAAGAAUUUCACUUUGCUAGGUCCGGGACCCGGGUACACUUGCGGGCCUGCAAAGAUCGUGCCAUCCACGGUGUUCCUCACUGCUGACCGUAGGCGGAAAACUCAAGCCCUGAUGACUUGGAACGUGACAUGCACUUAUUCACAAUUUAUGGCUUCCAAGAAUCCAACCUGUUGCGUUUCUUUCUCAUCUUUCUACAAUGAUACCAUCACACCUUGCCCGUCAUGCUCCUGCGGUUGCCACAACAAAAACAACUGUAUCAUGAGCAACUCGAACCAGCUGAAGAAGGCAGGCAUUAACACUCCAAGAAAGGACAACGCGCCACUAUUGCAGUGCACUCAUCAUAUGUGUCCAGUAAGAGUGCAUUGGCACGUGAAGCUCAACUACAGGGACUACUGGCGAGUCAAGAUCGCAAUCACUAAUUUCAAUUACAGAAUGAACUACACGCAAUGGACUCUCGUGGCACAACAUCCCAAUCUCAACAAUGUCACUCAAGUUUUCAGCUUUGAUUACAAGCCUGUCAUCCCAUAUCAAUCAAUAAAUGACACUGGAAUGUUUUAUGGAAUGAAAUUCUACAAUGACCUGCUAAUGGAAGCCGGGCCAGCAGGCAACGUCCAAUCUGAAGUACUUCUUCAGAAGAACAAAGAAACGUUUACGCUCAAGCAAGGAUGGGCCUUCCCUCGGAAGGUUUACUUCAACGGCGAUGAGUGCAAGCUUCCGCCUCCUGAUGCAUAUCCUGUACUACCAAACUCUGCCAGAGCAAACCCUGCUGGAUUUUUAACCCUGGCGACUUCCGCGUUGUUGCUUAUCCUGUCCAUUUGCUGAUCAUAUUCCUAUCAGCAGAAGCAAGGUCUUCUGAGAUUUAGUUAGAGAGACGAGAAGAAAGAGGACAGGAGGGCCUGUGAAUCAGUAAACUAAACACAAAGUUGCCUUUCAAAUACCGAAUCAAAAUUCGGCAAUGAUGUCUAUAUUACACCAUCAUGCUAUGAUGUCCAUUUAUAAAAUGAACUGUUUCUGAUA